AUGCGAAUAUGCUUUACGGAAAAACGGAUGGAUUCAGAGAACAGUGAGCGCGACGACUGGCCGAGAGACGGACAUAAAACUGGCCUUGUUCACUUGAAAUGUGUACCGAUGAGUAGGAAAGAUGACGGAGUUGUGCACAGGCAGAUCUCUUGCCAAGAGACGGUCGGCAAGACGUGGUGUAUUUGCACGGUAAACUCAGACCGGACAAAGCGUCAAUAUGAAAACCUUGUACACUAG